AUGACUCAGCCCCUCAUCAAGAAGCGCAUUGUGAAGAAGCGCACCAAGAAGAUCGCCCGCUUCCAGUCCGAUCUUUUCCUCCGCGUCAAGACCUCAUGGAGGAAGCCCCGCGGUAUUGACAACAGGGUGAGGAGGAAGUUCAAGGGUUCCCUCAUCAUGCCCAAGAUCGGUUACGGAUCGAACAAGAAGACCAGGCACAUGCUGCCCAACGGCUUCCACCGUUUCCGCGUCUACAACGUGAACGACCUCGAGCUCCUCCUGAUGCACAACCGCAAGUACGCCGCCGAGAUCGCCCACAACGUCUCCUCCAAGAAGAGGAGGGAGAUCAUCGAGAGGGCCGCCCAGCUGAACGUCAAGGUGACCAACGCCAGCGCCAGGCUCAGGACCGAGGAGAGCUCGUAA